AUAACAGUAUCAAAAUCACGAAGGGACUCAUCAACACUGUGCCGUAUGUUCAAAUAAACCCCACAUCUGACAACCCGCGCGUACAUAUUGCGCCGUGAGCCCUAUGAUAAGUCAACCUUAUAUAUCGGCGUCCAGUCCCCCAACUGAACUGUAAUCAAUAUAUAUGCAAAUAUAUAUUUAGCAAUACCGAGUUAUCAUGGAGGCAUGGCCGGGCUCCUCCGGUAACGGCGAGUACACCCGGCGGCGGCAGUCGUCACUGCCAGUCUACGACAUGUCGGAAGCAAACCGCCGGAACACAUCACAUGACUGGCAGAUGACCAUGCCUGCCCCCUACCCGGCCUCUCCAGGUCCGGCGUCCCAGCGGCUGCCCGAACAGCCCCAGCCGCCACCGCCGACCUGGCCGAUGCCCGCCACGGAUUUCCCCCAGUUCGCGACCCUGCCUACGGAGAUUCGUCACCUGAUCUGGGAGUUCUACCUGGCCGCCUCGCCUCGUAUCCACGUGGUGCACGAGACGGGCCCGGCCCCGCUGUCCGCGGUCCCACGCCGCGACGAGGUCCUGAGUUACACCGUCACCAGCCUGGACGCCGCGACUAACAUCAGGUGCGCGCCCAGUAUCCGGACCUCGCACGUGAACCACGAGUGCGUGGCCGUUGCCACGCGACUGUGCGGCGGCGGCGGCGAUGAUGAUGCUGAUGAUGACGAUGACGACGAUGACGACAGCAGAAGCGGUAACAGGGCCGCCGCGCGUCGCUUCGCUGCCGUGAGACUGGCGCGGGACCUGGAGCGAUCUGCCUCGGGUCGGACGGCGGCGGAUGCUGCUGCUGCUGCUGCGGCGGCGGCAGAGAGGCAGAACUUGCUGAAGCUGCAGGGCGCGCGGGGCCGGGUCGCCGUGGAGUGGUCCCGGGAUCUGCUGUUCAUCUGCAGCCCGUCGAACGAGCAGGCGUUCCGGAACCUGGCCGAGACGUCGUGGGCGUCCAGGAUCCAGCGGCUCGCGGUCCUGGUCCCCCGGCGGUGCGACAGCAACAUCCCGUUUGGGCCGGGGUACAUCGUCUCGCACACGCUGCGGCCCAUGGCGAGCCUUAAGGAGAUCUACGUGGUCAUGAUCCCCUUUGUGCGGCCGGCGCCGGACCCGACGGGCCCGGGCAACUCGUGGGGCAGGGACCAGUACGGGUUUGUAAACUAUGUGGACUACCUCAAGGAGGUCGGGAUCACGACGCAGGAGAUGAGCCAGGAGAGGCACAUGACGUACCAGCGUACGGCGUUGAGCUUUAUGCAGGCGCUAUCAAAACAUCUGGAGGUGCCCGGCGUCGUCUUGAAGAAGGUGGUCGAUGUUGAUUGUAGGUUGUUCACGGAAAGCGCGUACGCCAGGAAGGAGAGGUGGCGGGGGAUCCAGCCGGCAGACAACAUUGAGAGCUGUUAGACGAUAGACGCCGUGUACGUGUAACAGUGUAUGUAUGCCUUUACCAAAACUUCCGAUGUAAGCACAAGCAGCAAGUUCAAGCAAGUAAAUCAAUUGAAG